CACCGGUAAGCUUAUUUCUACAAUAAGGGCAUGCACGGUGGAUGUAUCCAAUGUAAUAUCAAAUCCUUCAGUCUGAUUCUAAAUUUCCUGAAAUCAACCAAUCAAAUCCUCUAACACUCUGUGUUCUCACGCUUGGAAUGAUGUUGAGGAUGCAUUCUGGAGCCGUCUGAAACCAGUACCGAGAGAGAGAGAGAGAGAGAGAAUUCCACGUAUGUCGGAUUUUGCGAAUACGCAACAAAAGCGGACAUCUCGCUCAUUCGUCGCAUCGAAUGCAAAUAUCAUAAAAUGAGAACGGAUAUUACUGAUCCUUGGCGAGGAACUGGAACAGCGAUAACCGACGACGAACCAAACGAUCGCUUCGAAGAUUCUUUCUUGGAUAAAGAUUUCGAUCAUCAACGGCUGUCUGACUCAGAACAGUAUCUGCAAAAAUUAUAUUCCAGAUUAAAAGUUCUUCAGGGUGGUACUACAAAAAAGGAUCUUGUAACGUCACUAUCAGUAGCAAAAGAAGAUUGUAUUGCACGUUUAAUCAUUUCUGGAAACAAUCCUCAGUCAGAAGAAGAGGCUGAGUUGGCAUCAAAUCCUCUGAUACGACACAUAGCUCCUCACUUACAGGCUUUAACAGCUAGCGAAUUGGUUCAUCUUUUAAAAGCAGAUGUACUUCAAGUAACCACAGAGGCUGAACAAGAUAUUACGGAAGAAACAGAAACAAAUCAAACAUUAACAGAGCACAAGUCAGACAAUAAAAAUAAUUAAUUUCUAUCAAUUUUGCAUUAU